ACGCCGCCGCGGGACCUCCCGACCCCUCCCUCCCCCCUUUUCCCCACAGCGGAUAAGAGGCCGGCAAGCCACGUCGGGAGUGCCGGACUCGCGGUUUCUUAUCCCGUCUAAGGCUCGCUUAGCAGUUGAUGCAGAAAAUAAAGAGGGCUCGGCUGGAAAACGAAAGCACAGGAAGUUGGAGAAGUUCCUUGACCAGUUCUGGAGGAAGGCUGAAGAUGACAGCGGUGGACGCUCUGUCCGACAGCGCUGAGGCAGUAGAGAUGGAGGACGCCUCCAUGUCCCAGUUCCAGGUGGAGAAACACUCGUGGGAGGGGCUGCGUGACAUCAUUCACGGCAGCCGGAAGUACACGGGAAUGAUCGUGAAUAAGGCCCCCCACGACUUCCAGUUCGUCCGUAAAACAGAAGAAUCAAGCCCUCACUCCCAUCGGCUCUAUUACCUGGGAAUGCCGUAUGGAAGCCGGGAAAAUUCUCUCCUUUACUCGGAGAUUCCCAAAAAGGUACGGAAGGAAGCCCUCCUGCUGUUGUCAUGGAAGCAGAUGCUGGAUCAUUUCCAGGUGAGCACACCUGCGCAGGUGGCCCUCGGUUGUUUCAGCCAAAUCAGGACUUGGGACACAGGUAGUCCUCACUUAGCGUCCACUUUUGGGACCCUCCAUUGCUAA